GCGAUCUUCAAGAACGAGUGUUUGACACAGGAAGUCUUCCAGAUCUCCCAUGAUACCUUGGUCAACGGGCCUGGUCUCAGAUACCAAGUGGUUGGCACUGGACUCGAAAGGGACAGGGUGCUCAUAAACUUGGCCUGGGUGAGCGGGGGCGGCCCCGCACUUGACAAACAGGUCGAGUAUGGACCCAUUGGGUUCGUCGACGGCGAAUAUUAG